AUGGAGUUUGGCCACAAAGGUGUAUUGAAUGAAGAUGGCAUCCACGUCGACAUGGACCGUCUCAAGAAGGGAGAAGUGAACAUGGCCGUCACAUUUAAAGAUGGUGUUAUCCUAGGCGCCGAUUCUCGAACCACGACGGGAGCCUACAUUGCAAACCGAGUCACCGAUAAACUGACCAGAGUACACGACACCAUCUGGUGCUGCCGAUCUGGCUCAGCGGCCGACACGCAGGCUGUCGCCGAUAUUGUACAGUACCAGCUGGGUUUGUUUGCCAUGCACAGCGGCAAGCCUCCCAUGACACAAACCGCUGCGUCAAUCUUCCAGGAGAUUUGCUACGCAAACAAGGACCGUUUAUCGGCUGGUCUGAUCAUCGCCGGUUGGGACGAGCGAUUCGGUGGCCAGGUGUACUCGAUUCCUUUGGGCGGUUCGCUGCACAAGCAGGCGUAUGCGAUUGGUGGUUCCGGCUCCACAUACAUCUAUGGCUACUGCGAUGCGAACUGGAAAGAAGGCAUGGAGAAGGAGGAGGCUGUUAACUUUGUCAAGGGUGCUCUGAGGGAGGCGAUCAAAUGGGAUGGAAGCUCAGGCGGUGUCAUUCGCAUGGUGGUGUUGACUAAGGAGGGUGCUGACCGACACUUGUAUUUGCCUGAUACAGACUACAAGGUCCGACAUGAGUAG